AUGCAUGUUCUUUUAACAAACGACGACGGUCCCUUGGACGACAAGCUGUGUCCCUACAUGAAAUAUUUCGUUGACGAAAUCAAGCGCGCUACGGACUGGAAGGUCUCUAUUGUUGUUCCGGACCAGCAGCGGUCCUGGAUCGGAAAAGCUCACUUUGCUGGAAAGCAACUUACUACUACGUACAUUUACACGCAAGACUCGACCGAAACACCCAAUUCGGAAAUCAACAAAUUCGAGGGUCCCUUCGAGAAGCGCCAGGCUCAUUUGGAGUCGCAGGGCUUCCAGGAAUGGUGCUUGGUGGAUAGCACACCAGCGGCUUGUGCAGAUAUCGGUAUUCAUCACUUAGACAGCUCCUAUGGACCCGUAGACUUGGUAAUCAGUGGGCCUAACUUUGGUAAGAACUCGGGAAAUCUCUACAUGUUGGCCAGUGGAACCAUUGGCGCAGCAAUGGAGGCCGUGACCCAUGGAACCAAAGCCAUUGCCCUUUCCUAUGAAUUCCGUAGUCUCAAACAUAGCUUCGACGUUCUUAAAGAAGCAAGCAAGAUAUCCGUCAAGCUUGUUGCCCACUUAGCGCAGCGCUUGGACGAGUUCCCCGAGAUCGACUUGUUUUCCGUCAAUGUGCCGCUCAUUUCAAGUCUCAACCUCGAAACGACCAAAAUCAAGUACGCGCCGAUUCUUGAAAAUCGCUGGACUUCCAUCUACAAGCCCAUGGGCGACGGCAAGUAUGCGUGGGCACCGCGCUUUGACCAUGUAGCAGAACACGGCCUCCAGAGCGAGAUCCAUACCGAUUCAAGAGUCCUCAUCGAGGAUGGCAUCAGUGUGACGCCACUUAAAGCAGCCUUUAGAAGCAUUGAGCCUUUCAGUGGCGAGAUUGUAUUGAACAAUACUGUUCUGCAGCCUACACACGGAAAUGUUCUUCUCAUCACCAUCCCCGAAGAUUCUUACAUCUAUAAACCAGUGUCCGAGGCCUUUAAAAGAUUGGGAUUCACUGUCGAAACGGACAAAAGUCUUUUGGACAACUUCUCUGCCAACAAGCUGUUGAAAGUGUUUCACUUCUGCGACUACGAAGAUGUUGAUCUCGACUUGAUUCAAGCGCAUCCACCUAGAUACUUUGUGCCUACAUACAUCUACAGAAAGGCGUUGAUCCGCAAGCAUUUCUUGUCGAACACCAUUCAGCAUUUCAUUGCCAAGAAUCCCCAGUCGGCGCUCGUCAACGCUUUCCCUCCCAGUUAUCACCUCCAAGUAGACUACGCCGAGUUCUUAGACGAUUCUUUGGACGAAGCCUAUGAGCUCCGCGGCGAGAUUGAGCUGGGCGAGAAAACCUGGAUCUUGAAGCCCAGUAUGAGUGACAAGGGCCAGGGCAUUCGGAUCUUCAACACAGUUGACCAACUCCAAGCCAUUUUUGAUGCCUUCGACGAAGGCGUUGACACAGACGACGAGGAAGAUGACCACGAAGAUAACAAUGGUGUGAUUGUGUCGCAGCUCAGACAUUUCAUUGUACAAGAGUACCAGAGCAAUCCUCUUCUUCUCUCAGAAUACAACAACCGCAAAUUCCACCUUCGCGUUUACGUGCUCAGUGUCGGCGAUUUGAAGGUAUUUGUUUAUGAAAAUAUCUUGACCUUGUUUGCGGGCGACAGCUACGUUUCACCCAGCGCCGAUGAUGAUGCAGCAAUUUUGUCUUUAGCUGGUCAUUUGACAAACACAUGCCUUCAGGAUGGUACAAACCCAUUGGUGGUACCAUUUUGGGAUCUUGAGGGACUUACCACCGAGAAGAAGGCAGCUAUCUUCGAGCAGAUCAAAGAAGUUACCGGCGCCUUAUUCAAGGCUGCCUCAACAGUGGACAAGAUCAAUUUCCAGCCAAUGGUCAAUUCUGCCGAGAUAUUUGGAGUGGACUUCCUUGUUAACGAGGACUACUCUGUGAAGCUCUUGGAGGUCAAUUCAUAUCCUGACUUCAAACAGACCGGCGCUGAACUCAAGCAGAUCAUUUAUGAUUUAUUCACCAGUGUGGCUGAAUCUGUUGCUGAGAAGUUCGAGAUAGAAAGCGAUAACUCGAAGCUUAUGCAUCAAGUUUUGUAA